CGGUCGCUCCAACUCAGAGCCGGGGAGCUUGGGACUAGCGCUGGAGAUAAAGCAGGGACCACCAGGAGACAGCGGAGCACGCAACUACAGAACUGCACAGGGUCUGCACAACAUCCCACGGAAAUAUACCUGCUAUUUAUGGCAUGUGGCUGGUAACUUUUUUUCUGCUGUACUCUUUACAAAAAGCACGCAGUGAGGAUGUUGGGCCCAGCCUGUACUUUGUGAAUGACUCCGUACAGCAGCUGACGUUUUCCAGCGCGGUGGGGGCGGUGAUUCCCUGCCCCGCUUCGGGCUCCCCCAGUGCUGGGCUGCGCUGGUACCUGGCCACGGGAGAUGACAUCUACGAUGUGCCACACAUCCGCCACGUGCACGCCAACGGCACGCUGCAGCUCUACCCCUUCCCCCCCUCUGCCUUCAACAGCUUCAUCCACGACAACGACUACUUCUGCACUGCAGACAACUCCGCUGGCAAGAUCAGGAGCACCAGCAUUAGAGUGAAAGCAGUUUUCAGGGAACCCUACACAGUUCGUGUGGAGGAUCAGCGGUCCAUGCGUGGAAACGUGGCUGUCUUUAAGUGCCUCAUCCCUUCUGCAGUGCAGGAAUAUGUAAACGUGGUGUCCUGGGAGAAAGACACCGUCUCCAUCGUCCCAGGCAGUAGGUUUUUUAUUACUUCGUACGGAGCUCUGUACAUAUCAGAAGUGCAGAAGGAGGAUGCACUGUCCACAUACCGCUGCAUCACCAAGCACAAGUACAGCGGAGAGACACGGCAGAGCAAUGGAGCACGCCUCUCAGUGCUGGACCCCACAGAAUCCACCCCUGCUAUCCUGGACAGUUUCCAGUCUCGUGAGAUGGGAGCGGGGCACAGCGUGGAGUUGGCCUGCAUUGCCUCGGGUUACCCCAACCCUGCAAUCCGCUGGCUGAAGGAUGGGCGCCCCCUGCCUGCCGACAGCCGGCGCACCAAGAGACUGACCGGGCUGACCAUCAGCGACCUGCGGCUGGAGGACAGCGGACACUACAUCUGUGAGGUCACCAACACCUUCGGGUCAGCGGAGGUCACAGGGCACCUCAAUGUGAUCGACCCUUUGCGGGUGACCCUGACCCCUAAGAAGUUGAAGACAGGGAUUGGCAGCACAGUGAUCCUGUCGUGCGCUGUGCAGGGGUCCCCCGAGUUCACAAUCCGCUGGUACCGCAACACGGAGCUGGUGAGCCCCGACGACUACAUCUCCAUCCGAGGCAUCAACAACGAGACCCUGCUCAUCACCGCCGCACAGAAGAGUCACUCGGGCGCUUACCAGUGCUUCGCUACCCGCAAGAGCCAGACUGCACAGGACUUCUCUGUGAUACUGCUGGAGGACGGGACCCCACGCAUCGUCUCCUCGUUCAGCGAGCGUGUGGUGAACCCCGGGGAGCAGUUCUCCUUGAUGUGCUCGGCGAAGGCGGCUCCUCCUCCCUCCCUGAGCUGGACCCUGGACGACGAGCCCAUCGCCCGCGACGGUACCCAUCGAACGAACCAGUACGCCAUGUCGGACGGCAGCACGGUGAGCCACAUGAACGUGACGAGCCCGCAGAUCCGCGACGGGGGGGUGUACCGCUGCACCGCACGCAACUCCGCCGGUAGCGCCGAGUACCAAGCGCGAAUAAACGUAAGAGGACCCCCCAGUAUCCGAGCCAUGCGAAACAUCACAGCGGUGGCUGGGCGGGACACUUUCAUUAACUGCCGUGUGAUUGGCUACCCCUACUACUCCAUCAAGUGGUACAAGGACUCCCUGCUGCUGCCGGACAAUCACCGUCAGUUUGUGUACGAGAACGGGACCCUGAAGCUGAUGGACGUGCAGAAGGGGAUGGACGAGGGGGAGUACAUGUGCAGCGUGCUGAUCCAGCCCCAGCUGUCCAUCAGCCAGAGCGUGCACGUCACUGUCAAAGACACAGGAGCAGCCCCACUCUCUGUCUAUCACUCUCUCAACAGAAUUCUGUCUAUCACUCUCUCACACUGCUCUCCAUCAGCCAGAGCCCAGAGCGUGCACAUCACUGUCAAAGAUACAGGAGCAGCCCCACUCUCUGUCUAUCACUCUCUCACUGUCUAUCACUCUGAACUGGCACUGCUCCCCUCCAUCAGCCAGAGCGUGAGAGUCUCUGGGCUCAAAGGGGGAUACAGGGUGCACCCCCGCUCUGUGUCUCACGGUAAAAGAGUCGGACUCGGGCAUCGGGGUAGUGGGCAGAGACAGAUGUCCUGUGGGGCGAAGAGACCCAUGCGAAACAUCACAGCGGUGGCUGGGCGGGACACUUUCAUUAACUGCCGUGUGAUUGGCUACCCCUACUACUCCAUCAAGUGGUACAAGGACUCCCUGCUGCUGCCGGACAAUCACCGUCAGUUUGUGUACGAGAACGGGACCCUGAAGCUGAUGGACGUGCAGAAGGGGAUGGACGAGGGGGAGUACAUGUGCAGCGUGCUGAUCCAGCCCCAGCUGUCCAUCAGCCAGAGCGUGCACGUCACUGUCAAAGUGCCCCCCCUGAUCCAGCCCUUCGACUUCCCCCCCGCCUCGAUCGGGCAGCUGCUCUACAUCCCCUGCGUGGUCUCGUCCGGCGACAUGCCCAUCAGCAUCACCUGGCGCAAGGACGGCCAGGUCAUCGUCUCCGGGGCAGGGGUCACCAUCGAGACCAAAGAGUUCAUGAGCUCCCUGCAGAUCUCCAGCGUCUCCCUGAAACACAACGGAAACUACACCUGCAUAGCCAGCAACGACGCAGCCACCAUGAGCAGGGAGAGGCAGCUCAUUGUGAGAGUGCCACCUCGCUUUGUGGUUCAGCCCAAUAACCAGGAUGGGAUCUACAGCAAGGCCGGCGUGCUGAACUGUUCUGUGGAUGGAUACCCUCCGCCUAAGGUCAUGUGGAAACACGCCAAGGGCAGUGGAAACCCUCAGCAGUACCACCCCGUCCCGCUGACCAAUCGGAUUCAGAUCCUGGGGAAUGGUUCCCUGCUCAUCAGACAUGUGCUGGAGGAUGACAUGGGAUACUACCUGUGCCAGGCCAGCAAUGGAGUGGGAACCGACAUCAGCAAGAGCAUGUUCCUGACUGUCAAGAUCCCUGCCAUGAUCACCUCGCACCCCAACACCACGAUUGCUAUCAAGGGGCAAAGCAAGGAGCUGAACUGCACGGCGCGCGGAGAGAGACCCAUCAUCAUCCGCUGGGAGAAGGCUGACACCGUCAUCGACCCCGACCGGAACGCACGCUACGCCAUCGCCACCAAGGACAGCGGGGACGAGGUCAUCUCCACACUCAGGCUGAAGCCAGCGGACCGCGGUGACUCUGUGAUCUUCUCAUGUCACGCCAUCAACUCAUAUGGAGAGAACCGGGGUCUGAUACAGCUCACUGUGCAAGAGCCCCCCGACCCCCCCGAGCUGGAGGUGCGAGAGGUGAAGGCUCGGAGCAUGAACCUGCGCUGGACUCAGAGAUUCGACGGGAACAGCAUUAUCACAAGCUUCGACAUCGAGUACAAGAACAAGUCAGAAUCGUGGGAUUUCAAGCACGCCACAAGGAACAUUUCCCCCACGAUAAACCAGGCAAACAUUGUGGAGCUGCACCCUGCACAGAUCUACAGCAUCCGCAUGUACUCCUUCAACAAGAUCGGACGCAGUGAGGCCAGCAAGGACCUCACCAUCCGAACUGAGGAAGCAGCUCCCGAUGGCCCGCCAAUGGAGGUCAUCCUCCAGCCAAUGACAUCGCAGAGCAUCCGGGUCACAUGGAAGGCCCCCAGGAAGGAGCUGCAGAAUGGUGUGAUCCGCGGGUACCAGAUCGGGUACCGUGAGAACGGGCCGGGCAGUAACGGGCAGUACAGCAUCGUGGAGAUGAAGGCGACGGGCGACAGCGAGGUCUACACCCUCGACAACCUCAAGAAGUUCGCUCAGUACGGGGUGGUGGUGCAGGCCUUCAACCGGGCCGGAACCGGACCCUCCAGCAGCGAGAUCAAUGCCACCACGCUGGAGGACGUGCCCAGCCAGCCCCCGGAGAACGUGCGUGUGAUGUCCAUCACCUCGGACGUGGCGGUCCUGUCCUGGUCCGAGCCCCCCCGCAUCACUCUGAACGGCGUGCUCAAGGGCUACAGAGUCGUCUUCUGGUCCCUCUUCCCCGAUGGAGAGUGGGGAGAGAUGCAGAACAUCACGACGACCCGUGAGAGAGUGGAGCUCAAAGGGCUGGAGAAAUUCACCAACUACAGCGUGCAGGUGCUGGCGUACACGCAGGCCGGGGACGGAGUGAGGAGCAGCAUGCUCUACAUCCAGACCAAGGAGGACAUUCCAGGCCCCCCUGCUGGGAUCAAGGCAGUCCCCUCCUCUGCCAGCAGUGUUGUGGUGUCUUGGCUCCCCCCAACAAAGCCCAAUGGUAUCAUCCGCAAGUACACCAUCUUCUGCUCCAGCCCUGGCUCUGGGCAGCCAGCCCCCAGUGAGUACGAGACCAGUCCGGAGCUCCUGUUCUAUCGCAUCGCUCACCUGAACCGCGGGCAGCAGUACCUGCUCUGGGUCGCGGCCGUCACCUCGGCAGGAAGAGGAAACAUCAGCGAGAAGGUCACCGUGGAGCCUGCUGGGAAGGCCCCAGCGAAGAUCAUCUCUUUUGGGGGCACAGUCACCACCCCCUGGAUGAAGGAUGUGCGCCUGCCCUGCAGCUCUGUGGGAGAGCCCGCCCCCACCAUCAAGUGGACCAAGGACAGUGAGGACUCUGCUAUCCCGGUCAUGCUGGACGGGCAGCGCCUCAUCCUGGCCGAUGGAACCCUGGUGCUGCGCGCCGUCAAGGCCGAGGAUUCUGGGUACUACACCUGCACCGCUACGAACACGCUGGGCUUCGACACCAUCAUCAUCAAUCUGCAGGUGCAAGUGCCUCCGGACCAGCCUCGCCUGACAGUCUCCACCACCUCCACCUCCUCCAUCACACUGGCCUGGAUCCCGGGAGACAACGGGGGCAGCUCCAUCCGAGGCUUCGUCCUGCAGUACUCAGUUGAUAACAGCGAGGAGUGGAAGGACGUGUUCAUCAGCUCCACAGAGCGCUCCUUCAAACUGGACAACCUCAAGUGUGGCACCUGGUACAAAGUGAAGCUGGCCGCCAAAAACAGUGUGGGGGCCGGCAGGAUCAGCGAGAUUAUAGAAGCAAAGACCUUCGGGAGAGAGCCCUCCUUCAAUAAGGACCAACAUCUCUUCACUCACCUGAACUCGACGCACGCUCGGCUGCACCUGCAGGGCUGGAACAAUGGCGGCUGCCCCAUCAACGCUAUCCUGCUGGAGUUCAGACCCAAGGGCACCUGGGCAUGGCAUACGCUGCGCACCAACACCUCCGCCGACCUGUUCCUGGCAGAGCUGCGCGAGGCCACCUGGUAUGAGCUGCGCAUGAAGGCCUGCAACAGCGCUGGCUGCGGUAACGAGAGCGUGCCAUUCGCAACACUGGACUACGACGGGAGCACUAUCCCCCCUAUCAAGUCUGCCCGUGACGAGGGGGAUGAUGUGAAGAAGCUGUUCACCAUCGCCUGUCCAGUCAUACUGGUGACACUGGGAGCGGCCCUUCUCUUCAUCAUCCGCAAGAAACGCAAAGAGAAGAGGCUCAAGAGGCUACGAGAUGCUAAAAGCCUGGCAGAGAUGCUGAUCAGGUAAGAGAGCCCUGAUUUGCAGGUAGUGUUUCACGAGGCACUUCACUCCAG